CUUCCUUCUAACCCUCUAUUCUUAUUCUAACUUUGCCCACACUCAAACAACUCCUCUAAACCAAACCUCCAUUUUACAGGCAAACUCUCUCUAUACUUCCAUCUCUUCUAACCAUUUCUUGGCCUGCAAAGAUGUCCCAACAAGAUGCACAACAGACACCUCUAAUUUACCCUGUUUCCGAAACCAAUCCGCCAGCCCACCGCCAGUCAGAUGGCUCGUUCGGAGCGGUUUUCAUAGUUCUGGCGGUCAUAGUGGUGAUAUCAGCCGUUGCUUGCUUUCUUGGGCGGCUGUGUAGUAAGCGUCAUAGCAAGUUCAAACCGUCUAAGCAGGGUGGUCAUGCUAAUCGCCCACCUAAAGAGAAAGAUAUGAAGCAUAACCGUAAUGCAUUCCAGACUAAAGAUGGGGAUAUUGAGUUUGGGUUUGAUAAAAGGUUUUCGAGUGCUAAAGUGGCUGCUAAUGGAGAACCCGCCAUGGGGAGGCCUAACUCAUUCCGUGAACCAAAUAUGGGGCGGCCUAAUUCGUUCAAGGAACCGUCUAUGGGAAGGCCUGAAUCGUUCCGAGAACCAUCUAUGGGAAGGCCUGACUCAUUCCGGGAACCGUCUAUGGGAAGGCCUAACUCAUUUCGUAAGGGUGAGUUUAGAGAUGAUCAGGUGAGGUUUGCAGCUAAUCAAGAUCAUGAGAUGAAUUUCAAAUCUGGUAAUGGACCACAGCAUUACUGAUGUAGCACCUUGUUGUAAGAUACAUUUGGCUAAAGUUUGGCUGAAUAGAUGUUCUUUAAUGGUGGUUGUUAUUGCAUGUAUUACUCCUUAUGAAUUAUAGGAUUAGCUAUGAAGUGGUUGUGGACUUAAUAUCUUCAAUUUAUUAAGGUUUAACUUCAAGUUGUCCUUUUUCUCUGUACUCAGGCUUAGGGCCUGUUUUUUAGCAGCUUAAUGAGCUUAAUGGGACUCAUAGCUUAUUCGUUCAGCUA